GAGCUGCUUGUUGUAACUUCCUGGUCGUCGCCUUGUCAUGUCGGAUGUAACUGCGCGUGGGACUUUGGACGCGUCGACGCUAACGGGAUUGAUCGAGUUUCAUUCUGGUUUCGACUUUUACUCGGUGGCGAUGUUUAAAACCAAGGACGGCUGUUUUCUACGACAAGCACAGGAGCCAGGACAGAUUUCAUGAGCGAUGGAAAAUGGUGGUGCCUCGACUAAAGGUGAAGGUGUUUUAAAACCUGUUCCAGAGUCCUCGGAGGGGUUUCAGAGCACUAUUUUGGCUCCACUUCAAAGUGCGUACUUGUAUGAGGAGUCAAAGUACUUCUUCAGAUACAACUCUGCUGUUUUGGUGGAGAAUCCUGAACUGGAAGAAAAGUACAAAGCUUUCCGAGCCAAGAGGGAAGGCGCAGGCUACACAGACCAUGAGCUCAAGGAGUCCUUUGGCUUUUUGCUGUUUGAGGACAGCAGCAAGGCCAGCGCAGUCGGAGAAACCGGUUUGUCCACAGGAAACAGCAAAUGCUCCACUUUGGGAGAUCCGUCCAAGGGUGUGUACAUAUCCAUGUACUCUGAUUGUUUGGAUCUAAACCGCUGGUAUCAUGGGAAAUCUGGAUACAUUGCCAUUGUCAGGCUGACAAAGGGUAAAGUUAAAAGGGUCGUAGAGAACUACACUCAGAAUUUCACUGAACCCACCGUGGGCUUCGACUGUCACGUGUCAGAACAGCUGCCUUUGGUAUCUGACAAAACCAGCUCCUUUCUUGCUUUCGAAAGAACCCAGUACAAUUUCAUCAAGAAUUGA